AUGGCUGAAACAAAGCCAAAGAACUUCCGUGUCAUCAUCGUUGGUGGAUCGAUUGCCGGCCUCACCUUGGCACAUUGCCUAGUACACCAUGGUAUUGACUUUGUCGUACUAGAGGGACGCGAUGAAAUUGCUCCACAGGAAGGUGCAUCGAUUAGUAUCUAUGCCAAUGCGUCUCUGGCGGUCGAUCAGCUCGGGAUAUUAGAUGAUAUCCUGGCAGAGGUUGAGCCGCUUGAGUAUGUAUACAAUUGGUCUGACAAGGGGAAACUUCUGUCAUAUCUGACUACCCCUGGUUUAUCAGAGUUGAACCAUGGAUAUAUCAAUGCGUUCUUGGAGCGUCGCAAGAUCCUCCAGAUCUUCUAUAAGCAUCUUGGAGAUAGACAAAAUUCAGUGCUUACCAGCAAAAGAGUCACUCGAGUUGAGCAUACGGACACGCAUGUUGUGGCUCAUUGUGAAGAUGGUUCUUCAUUCCAGGGAGACAUCGUCAUCGGUGCUGAUGGCGUGAGAAGCAAGAUCAGAUCGGAGAUGUGGGACCAUAUGGACACUCGUGGACUCCAGAAGGAAGCUCAAAAAGAGCGUGAGCGCAUGACCUGCGAGUACGAUUGUCUCUUCGGAAUUGCAUCUCCGGUACCAGGACUCAAGGUGCCAGAUAUCCAUCGUACAUAUGGUGAGGGCUGGUGUAUCCUUACAGUUGCUGGCAAGCAUGACGCGGUCUACUUCUUCCUUUUCACGAAGCUCGAUCGCAAAUACAAGAGCCAUGAAAUCCCUCGUUUUAAUCAUGCUGAAAUGGACCAGCAUGCCGCUCCAUAUCUGGAUCGACUUGUCAGUGAUAAGAUACGCUUCUCUGAGGUCUACAAGCGUGCUGAGACUCGUAACUGGGUACCAUUGGAGGAGGCUCUUUACGAAAAUUGGUCCACUGAUCGAUUCGCAUGCGUGGGUGAUGCAUCUCAUAAGAUGACUCCUAAUGCUGGUUUUGGUGCCAAUUCAGCCAUCGAAAGUUCUGUGGCCCUGACCAACAGCAUUGCCUCCAUGCUUAAGGAGCACCCCGAGCCUAAAACUGAGGACAUUGACCGUACCUUCAAGGAAUGGGAAACUGCUCGUAAAGAGCGACUCAUCCCUACUUGGGACAUAGCCGCCAUGCUGUGUCGACUGGAGACCCAGGCCAGUCUAAAAUUUAGGAUAUUGAAGUAUCUCAUCCAGCCCAUGACCACAUUAACACAGAGGGGCACGACAGAUGGCAUUGCCGGUGGUGAGGCUGUCUCAUGUCUUCCAUUCCCAGAAAGAUCCUUUAAGGGCCUAGUACCGUGGAAGUGCCAUGAUAAUCUGUCCUCCAUCGUCAAAGAAAAGACCUGGCAGCGGGUUCUGGCUGGUCUUUCUCUUCUUGGAUUCACUGGCCUUGCGUUUGUAACAAUGGUGCCUGCAGUGAUGAAAGUGAUCCCACAGAUGGAGGAGAUUGCCAAAUUGGGAAGCUGGACAACUAGCACUGGUGGAAUCGUCAAUCUUCAGCCUCCCCUUUUCAACCUGAAGACGCUGGAUGAGCUCGUCCGACCUAUGAUUACAUUCUUCCUUCCCGCUAUCACAGGCUCAGAUGUACUAUCCAGGGCUCAAGUAUUGCCUUUCAUCAACGAUGUCAACGGCGUCGUCGCAAUUUGGUCGCUAGAGAGCUACCGCAAAGUGCACACACUCCCUGCACCAUUACUUCCCAUCUUAAUGGGUGCACUGUCUCAGUUAGGAGGAAUAGGUGUAUUCGGACCAGUCUACUACUUCUUCCAAUACCUCCAAGUCUCCCUCUUAGAAACCGCAUUCGCCAACUACCGCGAAACCGAGCCCACAACAACAUACACCCUCCUCUUCGCUUCGCUAGCAGGACAAUAUAUCCCCUGUCUAACAAGUUUCUUCGCACCAGCCCUCGAAAGCCGCAAAUGGUGGAACGCAUUAUGGCAAAUAUACCCAAUUACAGUUCCCCUCCUCCAACUCCCAUUGAACACUCUUCUGAACCCCAAGAGCGAAGGAUCCGCCGAACCAAAGGCCCGAAUUCAGAAUCGUCAGAAGAGUCUCACCGCUGUCCGCGUUGCAUAUGGAUCUAUUGCUACAGUUUCAGCCCUCGGAUUCCUCUAUUCGCGCUACACUGCCCCAGCUGGAUCAUCUGCGCUUAGUAUUUUCUGGCCUGGAUUGAUGAAUUCUGGAUCCUCGUUUGAGGGAGACAUUGCUUGGUUUUUCAAGUGGGAUCAGAUUAUUUCUACGGGAGCGGGAUUCACCUGGUUGGCUCUGAGGUUCCGCGAGUUGAAAAGAUCGGGUGCUGAGUUUUCCUGGUGGAAGGGUAUAACAGGUUUGGUUGGAACUACCUGUGCGUUUGGACCGGGAGCUGCAUUUGCGCUUGGGUGGGGAUUGAAGGAGGAGUUGGUUUAUAAGGUUGGAUUGAGGGAGUAA